AUGGGGGCAGCAACGAGUUCCUCGUCUGGUGCUUCGACGGCGGCCACAGUCGAGUCGCUCUUUAGCUCUGCGCACGAGAAAGCUGCGUGGGAUAAGAUCGUCGGUAAAGUGCCUGUUCCGUAUCACGACGCAGCGUAUGACACGGUCUUGGCAGCGCCAAAGGUACUGCCUCAGUUGUCGUUGACCCAAGUGGACCUACUGACUCGGGAAUACGGCGACACGUUUGCUCGCAAUAGUGUGUGCUCAGGGAACUUUCGCGUCUUGUUGCGCGACGUGACCCACACACUGCCACUGAGCUGCCGAGUGGCGGCGAUGACAGAGAGCGAAUGGGCGGCGUUUGCACGCGAGACAGGAGAGCGCGUGGCAGUAGACGGCAAGCGGCAGACAGUGGACGCGCACUUGCAUCGAGCUGUGAACGCGCUGUUUUUGGUGCGGCAGUUUGCAAUGAGACUGGUCGAGAAGACGGACGAGGGGCCGUUGCUGGCCCACUUUACCAUGCAAGCGACUGACGAGGUGAAUGGGCCUGCAGCCAGUCGACAGCAGAAGCUGUCGGCUCAGAUGGAACGUGAGGUCGACGGCAGCAAAAGCAAUGACGAGUCUGUGCGUGAACAUACGUCGGAUGACCUUGCUGUCCGCUUUCUGGAUGUGCUGCUCACUACUCUCAUGCAGUUGCAGCCAAAUGAAAAGACGUACAACUUGCACGUGGAAGUGGUAAACACGCUCUUGGUGCUCUUGUCCCCCAUGGCGUACUCGCGAAGCCAUGUCGCGCAAACCGGCAGUGACAUACGGGCGCACAACCCUUUUCUUCAUAUGGUGAUGGUAUCUGCUCUGCCUGAUGGCAGUCGAUCGCACUGGGCGUCCGGUUUGACACGGCGCUUGUUACAGAAUAUCAUCGAUCAGCUUGCAGCCACUGGCCCGAACGCAACGACGAAUACUGCAGUGGUAACUAUGCGGAAGGCACGAGAGAUGUCACUUGUGACGAUGUCGGGAACCUCAGAACAGAUAUAUGAGCCGGAGGAGAGCUCGUUCGUGUCCAGGUACUUUACACUGGAAGGUGUUGGCUCGAUCGCGGCAUCAGUGCUUCGCUUCCCGUGGAGCUUCGUUCGGCGAUUCGCUACUCGCGCGGAAACUACCAGUCCACUCGCCGACCGCAGCACUCUUCUACUGCUGGUGCUGCUUCAGAGUUGUCGAGACAAGGACUCGCUGGUUACGAGCAAUCCUUUUCGAGAAGCGCUUUGUGAGGUCAUGAAGGGUGCUGCUGGUACCGACGACAGCUCGCGUGUGGAGACGAAAGACGCACGGGCUCAGUCAAGGAAACACGAUGAAGCAUCCACCGACUCGAGUACGGACAAAGUGACGUUGUCGAUGUCGGAUUUAUUUGAUGUCGUUGGGAGUCACGCGUCAUACGAAGCGAGCCAUCUCAUGCUGUACACGCUACUUCACGCAAACCCAGCGAUGUUGGGUACAGCCGUGAGCGACGCAGACAUGGAGCGACUCUUGCUGCCUCUACUGGAGACGUUGUACCACGCGCGAUGUGUGGAGCCCAGCCGCCUGUACAUACUGGUCAUCGUGCUGCUGCUUUUUACGCAAACCCCGACGUUUGUUCGCACGGCACAUACUCUGCUUGUCGUACCCAAGGUGUCGUGGUACCAAGAGCACUACAUGCUCGACAUUUCACUGGGCAGCCUCAUGAUGGUCAUCUUUACGCGGCUCAUAUCCCGCAACAUCACCCACUUCCAGGACAGCUUCAUUCACCUGAACGCUUUCGCAGCCUUGUCCAACCUCGCUCGCUCGGCCGAGAAUGUGCACAUCUAUGCUGCUCAAGGCAUGGUCGGGCUCAUUGAGAUGCUCGUCAAGAACGAGGCAAAGCUGGUUGCACGGAUGCAUCGCUUGACCACCACGGACAAGGAGGAGAGAGACGUGCUUGCACAAAAGCGUGCCGCGUACGUCGAGUUCAUCCGGCUCUUGCUCGGUGUGUUGUCAUCCUGUCUGAAGACCGAGCGGCUGCCGCGCAACCCUCAACUUAUUUAUGCGCUGUUGCACCGCGCCGAUGUGUUUGCAGCGCUGCAGCGACACUCUGAAGUCAUAGCGCAUGUGCACGACAGUCCGAUAUGGAGCACGUUGACGCGGUUUCAGGCAGCAGUCGAUGCAGAAUCUUCCGGCGAUGUGCUUGACGCGGACAGAGUGCUCGACAUCAUUCGAUGCGAAUGCGUUAGUCUCUUGGCGGCGUCAUGUACCGAGCCAGGGGGACCUGAAGGCGUUGCAGCGUCAGCCACGUCUGUCGACAACGACGAUGUCAGCUAUCAAUACGAAGAGGAGACUGACCCGGAGCAGUUUUUCGUGCCGUACGUUUGGAAGCUCGUUCAGGAACAGACCCCUGACUUCUGCUGGAAAGUCGACAAGAUCACGCUGUUCGUGCCAAGCGGCGCCUCUGCGCAUGGGGGCGCGUCGAUAAGCUGA